ACUCUCUCAGACACAACUCUCUCUCCUUCCUUCUCUCUCACUCCUCUCUCUCUCUCCUCCGCAAUGGAGCCGUGGCUUGACGACUUAGCCGACGACCUCCAAAGCCUGAGCUUCACCUCCACCACAACCACCAACACCAACACCACCAAGCGCAGCACUAGCUCCUGCUCCGAAUCCACGCUCCCGCCCUCCGCCUCCUCCUCCGCUCGCCUCCCCGCCUCCGUAAUCCCCAAGCCCCGACCCCAAACCUCCUCCUCCGACCCCCUCUGGUCCGCAAUAUACAAGAUCCGAUCCGAAUCCCCGACCCGGCAACUCUCCCUCUCUGACCUCAAAUUCGCAGAGCGCCUCGGCUCCGGCGACAUCGGUUCCGUCUACUUAGCCGAGUUGAAGUCCCCCGCUGGGGCCCAGGGGUGCGUAUUUGCGGCGAAGGUGAUGGACAAGAAGGAGCUGAUCAGCCGGAGCAAGGAAGGGCGGGCCAGGACAGAGAAGGAAAUACUGGAAAUGCUGGAGCACCCGUUUUUGCCCACGCUCUAUGCGAGCAUCGACGCGCCCAACUGGCUUUUCCUGCUCACCGAGUUCUGCCCCGGCGGCGAUCUCCACGUUCUCCGCCAGCGCCAGCCGCUCAAACGCUUCGAAGAACAUGCCGUCAGGUUCUACGCAUCGGAGGUGGUUGUAGCUCUAGAGUACCUCCACAUGAUGGGAAUUGUGUACCGUGAUCUGAAGCCGGAAAAUGUGUUGGUUCGAUCCGAUGGCCAUAUCAUGCUUACAGAUUUUGACCUCUCCUUAAAAUGCGACGAUGGUACAUCAACGCCUCAGAUCAUCUCUACCCAAAAUACCCCAAAUGCUGCACUACAAAAAGGCUACUCACUCGAUCCGCCCCCGUUUGCAUCCUCUUCAUGCAUUCUUCCCAGUUGUAUGGUCCCCUCCGUGUCAUGUUUCCACCCGAAAAGCAAGCGGAAGAAGAAGCAGAGCCAUAAAAAUGGCCCCGAGUUUGUGUCUGAGCCCGUGGACGUUCGGUCCAUGUCGUUUGUUGGGACCCACGAGUACUUGGCCCCGGAGAUUGUGUCCGGCGAGGGGCAUGGUAGUGCAGUGGACUGGUGGACGUUAGGGAUAUUUAUUUUUGAACUGUUCUAUGGUGUGACACCCUUUAGGGGUGUGGACAAUGAGCUAACCCUAGCUAACAUUGUGGCUCGAGCCCUGGAGCUUCCGAAAGAACCGGCGGUGCCCAGCACGGCCAAGGACCUCAUCUCACAGUUGUUGGUCAAGGAUCCGGCUCGGCGUUUGGGAUCGUUGAUGGGUGCAUCAGCAGUCAAGAGGCACCCAUUUUUCCAAGGGGUUAAUUGGGCAUUGUUGAGAUGUACACCUCCACCAUUUAUUCCCCCACCAUUUAAGAGGCGAGUUGUAUCUGAUCAAAGUUGUACUGAGAAAAUGGAAUAUUAUUAGUCACAAAACAAAUUAAAUAAGAAAUAUAUAUUUCAUGUUUCAAA